CUUUAUUUCCCACCCUCCAUCGUCUUCUUUCUCUCUCUUACUUCAAUUUCUUCCUUUUUCUGUGAAUAUUUCUAUAUAAAAAUAUAUUAAAAAAAAUAAAAAAUUAGAGGUCCCCAAUUUCUUCCUCCAGCAAAAACCAGCUAAUUUUUGCUGAAAUUUUUCAGUUGACCCCACUUUCAGUGUUCACUCUCUACAACUGCUGCUCAACACUGAAAGUCUGAAACCCUUCUUCUUCUUCGAUUUUAUUUUUUUGACACUUUAAUUUUGUGAAUUUAAUCCAAUUUUCUUUGAAAAAAAUCCCUUUUAAUGCUUUGGGUACCUUUGAAAUCCUCCUAUUUUGCUACUUUUGGCAUAUUCUUGUGUUCUUAGCUGUUUUUGGGCAGGAAUGAGAGGAGGGUUGUUCACUUUCCUCAUCAAGCUUCAAUUUUUCAGCUCAGUUCUUGUACUAUUCUAUGUUACUGAAUUGUAUUGUGCCCCAUUGAGUUAUUUCGGAGAUCCUUCCCCAGAUGGAGGAGACUUUUUACCUAUGUCACCAAACGGGGCUCCUCAGCCCCUUCUUCCUUUUUUGGCACCUUCCCCUUUGACUCCAUUUACAAAUAGUACAAUUCCUAAAUUAUCAGGAGCAUGUCCUUUUAACUUCACUGCUGCUGAAAGUAUAAUGGGAAUUACAGCAACUGAUUGCUUUACUGCGUUUGCUCCAUAUCUGGCUAAUGUAGUAUGUUGUCCGCAAUUGCAUGCGACCUUAGUUAUUCUUAUAGGUCAAUCCAGUAAAAAAACCAUGUUGCUUGCCCUGAACGAGACACUUUCAAAGCAAUGCCUAUCUGACGUUACCCAAGUAUUGGCGAGCCAGGGUGCAAAUGACAAUCUUCAACAGAUAUGCAAAGUUCGGGAAUCCAACCUCACCGAAGGCUCUUGUCCUGUAAAAGAUGUCAGAGAAUUUGAGAAAACAGUGGACACUUCUAAGCUUCUGGAAUCAUGUCAGAAGAUUGAUCUUGUCAAUGAAUGCUGCUCCUUAACUUGUCAGAAUGCUUUAUCAGAAGCUGCUAGAAAUAUCAGCUCGAAGCUUGGUGAUCUUACUGAUGUACCUCAACUUUCGGAUAUUGAUGAAGACUGUAAAAGUAUUGUCUUACGGUGGCUAGCUAGUAAACUCAGUCCAUCCCGUGCAAAAGAAGUUAUAAGAGGGUUGUCAAACUGCCAUAUUAACAAAGUGUGUCCUUUAUCUUUCCCUGACACAAGACGUGUUGCGAAGAAGUGUGCUAAUGUAAUAAGCAACCAGACAGAAUGUUGUACUGCCAUAGGAAGCUACGUGAGUCACUUGCAAAAUCAGAGUUUUGUCACCAACUUGCAAGCUCUUAAUUGUGCUGCUGCACUUGGGAUGAAGUUGCAAAGAGAAAAUGUUACCACAAAUGUUUACAAUCUUUGUCAUGUGAGCCUCAAGCAAUUCUCAGUCCAAGCUGGAACACAAGAAUCUGGAUGUCUUCUGCAGAGCUUGCCUUCGGAUGUUACAUUUGACAAAACAUCAGGGAUAACCUUCCUCUGUGAUCUGAAUGAUAACAUUCCGGCUCCUUGGCCCUCCGCACUUCAGUUGCCAGCUUCAUCUUGCAAUAAAUCUGUUAACAUUCCUGCACUUCCCGCAGCAGCUUCUGGAGAAACUGGUGAGUCGACUAUCUUGUCAUUAAUAGUUCCUCUCCUUUUAGUCCUUCAAGAAGUUAUGUUUUAUGGCAUAUAAAACUAUGGGAUUCCUUUGUUGUGCGGAGAAAGUGAUGAAACCCGGCCCGUGUCUUUGUUGGACUGAUCAAAAGUAAGGUAAUGCAGAGAAACUGGUAAUUCCUCCCAUCUACUGUUCGAAUGCAAGUACAGUGCUGAGUAUAUCAAGAUGUUGAAAUCUUGGCUUGGCAUUAAAGCAAGAGCUGUUCUGUUUCAUUCUCUUCUUCACUGGGCUUACAGGAGGUUUAACGGCUCGAAGUUCAGGAAAAGAGUCAUUACUGCUAGUGUUUGUAGCUGCAGUUUAUAAAAUUUGGCAAGAGAGAAAUAAUGCUUUGUGGAAUGCAAGAGUCUCCUCUGUGCAGAAAAUACAUAAUGAUAUUAAGCAUGAUGUAAUAGGUAGAAUUAAGAGUAUUGUAGGGGAAAAAGUUGGUCAAAAUGUUGUUGUUUGGCUUUGUGCUUUGUAUUCUGGUGUGGUUCUUGUUGGUGUAAGGCUGUUGCUUUAGUCUGUUUUGGUCUUUUGAGUUAGAGGGGAGCCUUCCUAGAAGGGUUGCCUCUUCUCUUGUAGUCCUUAGGUUGUAUGAAGGCAAUAUAUCAUUACUUUCUUACAAAAAAAGAAGAAACGGCAUUUUUUUUUUUUGGAUUA